GCCUGUAGUUCGAACGCUGCACGGCCUCGACGAUCUGAACCGUUAGCCACGUUACGCACAAACUUAUUAUAUCUCGAGAUGAAUCCAAAGUGUUUCCGAUCAGCUUUCUGUGUCAGGGUGGCUGCUGUAUUUGAAUGAUGUUGUGAGGAGAUGCAUCAUCAGUCCGGCUGGAUUUGUUCCAAGAACGGCGUGUUUUGAAUGGCUUUGUUUUCCCGACUGAUUUGCCUUGAACUCCACGCAAGGAGAAAGGAGAGCUAGCGGAGCUAAGCUGCUAGCGAGUUAUCUACUUCCUUGUUGCACACUGGAGUGUGUUGGAAGACCAGAAGAAGUUUCUAAGGGGACGAUUUUUAAUUUUUACAAUGUAACACUGUCUGGUGGAUGGAUUUAAAGCAUCGCGCGGAUUGUAGCGGUAAAGAAGAACACGCUUUUUAAUAACUGGAGUAAUUUUGGCCUCUGUAGGCGAUUCAAUGGAAUGCGAUUGUGGACCAGAACAGUUAGCUAGCUUGAGCUAGCUGGUUUAAGCGAUUAGCAUUGGCUAUUCAAUCUGGGAGACAGCCAUUCUGGAGUACAAUGGUUGAGUACCGACUGAUUUUAUGACUCUGCAACACAAUAUUAUUUGAGUGUGGCGGAUUUUUUUGCCACCAAGUGUCAUCAUUUGUAGGACGCACUCGGUCUGGGCUUUUUGUUGUGCUGGUUUUGCAAUGGAAACGUUAAGCUUUUGAUCCUGCUAGCCGACAGGCUGUCUAAUUGAGAGACGUCAGCUAAGUAGCCUGUUACACCGCUAGCCCAAUGUUUUGUUUAGCAGCACAUAGGGGGACAUAGUUUUGAGAGAACAUUCUGUACUGUUAUUCUGGACUUUGUGGUAGCUGUGAUUCAUUUGAAAGGUAAAUGCCCAAUUCAGAGGUGCUUCGCGAGGGUCGCGGACGGAGCCCCUCUGAACAGCGACAUGCUAACAGACAGGACAGGCGGAGUAAGCCGGGGAGCGAUGGGACACAGCGAGAGCGGCACCGGGAGAAGAGGCGCUCGUCGGCUGCCCGAAGGAAAAAACGCAGGCCGGAGAAGAACAGAAACCUGUGGCCCAUCGGUGCGACAGAAAAAGCAGAAAAUAAUCGAAAGGGCGCUUUUGAUAAGGAGCUCGAACUUCGGACGCUAGUGGAAUAUGAUGACGUUAGCUCCCAGUCGGAGCGGUUCUCUGGAAGCCCCUCUCCUAAACUUUACCCUCACCCUGACGGGCUGGCAGUGGAUCGACUUAGCGAUGUUGACUUGGGGGAGUUUAACGGACCAGCAUCUCCAGUAAGAAGCCAACUGGAGGGCCGGAAGGCGGUGUGCCUUAGUAAGGAUAGCAUAACCAGAGGACCAUCCGUGAAGAAUAAACAAGGGAAAGAGAUAAGUAGAAAGAAAGUCCAUCGUAGUCGUGAGAGAGACCCCUCAAAAGUCAGGAGUGGAGGUAGCCUGAGUGGCUCUAAAAAUCACAGGGACGCUGCAAAGAGCGGUGACAGGAAUGGCAAAAGGACUUCCACAUCACUGACCUCCCAAUCCGCAGACAAAAAAGAUUCAAAAAGGCACAAAAGUAAAACGAGGUCUGACAAAGAGCCUCCGUCUGCAUACAGAGAAGCUCCACAGGCUUACAGAGAUGACCGUGAUGACCUCAGGGCAUACAGGAGAAGUCCUGGUUUUAAAGCAGACAGUCCCUAUGGGCCAUCUUACUCCUACAACUACCAGUCUCCUGGUGGAUUCAACCAGGUAAUAUCUAGAAGAAGUCCAACUUUCUUAAGUAAAAGACCCUCACCCAGCUCCACUUAUUAUAGUCGGGAUAUAGAUGUGUACGGAGCAUAUGGUGUUUCAAAGUCACCCAGUUCGUACUCCAGCAACAAGAGGAAGCGAUCUCCAUCCAGUCCAGUUAACUGGCGCAGGUCGCCCAGUUUCAGCAGGCAUAGCCCAUACGAACAAGGAGAGUUUGUCUCAAGUCCCAAUGGAAAUCGCAGAAGAUCCCGAAGUCCCUACAGGAAGUCCAUGAGUCCGAGUCCAGAUGUCAGACGACCUGCUAAGUCUCGUAGCAGAAGUCCAUAUUCAACCUCAAGGCAUUCACGUUCUCACAGCCGCCACCGGCACUCUCGUUCCCGCAGUCGCCACUCCAGCCUCUCGCCGAGCACGCUCACGUUCAAAAGCAGCCUCGCCGCUGAGCUCAGCAAGCAGAAAAAAGUGAAAGCAGCAGAGGCUGCCGCCAAGGCCAAGAACUCGAGCAAUACAUCUACUCCGACCAAAGGUUCCUCCUCGGCUCCUCAGCCGAGCCCCAAGUCUAACCACACCUCCAGGAAGGGACGUCCUCCCUCUCCACCUCCACCAGAGAAGGGACCCAGAACGCCGCAAUCCAGCCAGCCCCAGUCCCCUGCAGACAAGUUGUCCAAGAAGACCACAGAAUGCCAGACCAGUAAGGACAGAGAUUGGAAGGGCAGAGAUGAUUCGAUACACCGGGACAAAAGGAAAGUGGCAACAUCUGGACCAAGCAAAGACAAGGAGCGACCCACCGCUCCAAUUAUUUCCACACUGCCAGCGCUACCGUUGCCCCCUGUCAUUGAGAACUUUGAUAAAGGAGAAAGCUUAAAGGACGCCUCAACGAAGAAGAAAUUAGAGAAGAAAUCCCGUCAGCUCCUGACCGACUUGCCUCUUCCCCCUGAGCUUCCUGGAGGCAUGUCUUCUCCACACAGCCCGCUUGAGGACAAAAAGUCCCAAACGCUUCGUCGAAGACCAAGAAUUUGUGGCCCAAGACACGGUGAAAUCAAAGAAACAGAGAUGUAUUGGGGAAAACGUUGCGUGGACAAGUUUGAGAUCAUUGGAAUAACGGGAGAAGGGACCUAUGGUCAAGUGUACAAGGCUAAAGACAAAGACACUGGUGAGAUGGUGGCUUUGAAAAAAGUUCGACUGGACAAUGAAAAGGAGGGCUUCCCAAUCACAGCCAUUAGAGAGAUUAAAAUUCUGCGACAGCUCAAUCACAAGAGCAUCAUAAACAUGAAGGAGAUUGUCACUGACAAAGAGGAUGCUCUGGACUUCAAGAAUGAUAAAGGUGCUUUUUACCUCGUGUUCGAGUACAUGGACCACGACCUGAUGGGUCUUCUGGAGUCCGGUCUGGUCCAUUUCAAUGAGAACCACAUAAAGUCCUUCAUGCGGCAGCUGCUGGAGGGCCUCGAUUACUGCCACAAGAAGAACUUUCUUCACAGAGACAUCAAGUGCUCCAACAUACUCCUCAAUAACAAAGGUCAAAUCAAGCUGGCAGACUUCGGACUAGCUCGACUCUACAACUCUGAAGAGAGUCGACCAUACACCAAUAAAGUGAUCACACUGUGGUACCGCCCCCCGGAGCUGCUGCUGGGGGAAGAGCGGUACACUCCAGCUAUUGACGUGUGGAGCUGUGGAUGCAUUCUGGGUGAACUCUUCACAAAGAAACCAAUAUUUCAAGCGAACCAGGAACUUGCACAGUUAGAACUCAUCAGCCGGAUCUGCGGCAGCCCCUGUCCUGCUGUUUGGCCAGAUGUCAUAAAGCUUCCCUUUUUCAACACCAUGAAGCCAAAGAAGCAGUACCGGAGACGCCUGAGGGAGGAGUUUGCUUUCAUCCCCCUGUCCGCCCUGGAUCUCUUCGACCACAUGCUGAACCUGGACCCCAGCAAGCGCUGCACAGCUGAACAAGCGCUGGGCAGCGAGUUCCUCAAAGACGUGGAUCCGGACAAGAUGCCUCCUCCAGACCUUCCCCUUUGGCAGGACUGUCAUGAGCUGUGGAGUAAGAAGCGUCGCCGCCAGAAGCAGAUGCCAGAGGAGCUGGUGGCCCCUAAAGCCCCCCGCAAGGAGCUGGGCCUCGAUGACAGCCGCAGCAACACGCCGCAGGGCUUCACCGCUCCGGGAGGCAUCAAAGCACAGAAUUCAGCUGCUUCUGCACUUCUGGAACCAAAGGGUCCAAACUCCCAGUUCACCCAGGAGCAGCUGGCCGUCCUCUUAAACAUAUUUGGGCAGCCCAAGAGUGCAAUCAACCCCGCCCAGUUUGUCCAGUCCAUGAGCACAAAGGUCAACCAGGAGGCACUGCAGCAGCUCACUAAAGCCUUAGCUCCCUCUGACCCGUCAGAACCCGCACCGCAACUCACUUCUGCCAAACCCCCCCAGCCUCCCGUGCCAGCCGGAGUCCCGCGUACUCCCCCCAUGCCCAAGCCUCCUUCGCCCCCCAUAUGCGCCCCGCCGGUUAUUCCUGAGGGCGAAGCCGCGGCCGCCACCCACACGGCCGUGACCAUGCUGCUGGCCCAGCUGCUGCAGGCUCAGCAGGCUCAGAGGCAGGAAGCAGCCGACAGCGGGGAAGGAGCGGAGAGCAGCACCGCCGCGGCCCCGCCUCCAGCGCUUCCACCUCCAGAGGUCAAGCCGCCUCCAGAACCCAGCCCUGUUUCUCCAGUAUCUGAGGUUGGGGGCGUGUCCAUCCUGCCCCCGGACCAGCGCCCCCCUGAACCCCCGGAGCCUCCCCCACAUGCCGAUCUAGACUACCGCCAGCCGCCACCUGAGCCUAAGCUGGGUCACGCCCCCCCAAUCACCUCUGCCAGCGGAGAUGAAGGAGGUCGGCCCCCGGAGCCGGACUACCCUCCCCUUCCUCCCUCUGCAGAGGGGUCUGCCUACAGCCACCCGCCUAUCCCUCCUCCUCCCUUCACUCCUGGUUUUGCUGACAGCUACAUGGGCCACAUGAUGGGCGGGGGCCUGCCACCCCACGCACUGAGGGAAGUGUUCAGCGGUCCAGGCGCUGCGGCCUCGAACAGCGCUGGGGUUCUGCCACCUGCCCACCCGGAGCCUUUUCCCCCAGCAGCGGCAGCCCCCGGCCCCGGCAGCCUGCUGUUCAGUGGGGACAAGGACCACCGUUUCGAGUACAAUCACAGUCCGUUAGCCGUAGAGGGGCAGCCCAACCCCGCCGCCAUCCACAUGUACAACCACGCCCUGGCCAGGAAGGAUGUGGGUCCGCCUCCCAUCCCGGCGCCGGGACAAGCCUGGGGCUCCCCGUCCCAAGUCGGGGCGCCACCUCUUCCCCUCGGGUUUGUUCCACACGUGAAUUCUACAGCAACAAUCAGAGGACGAGGGCUGCCUUUCUGAAAGCCUGGAAUCUGAAGGCAGCGGUGUACUGGAGCCGUUUUUCUAGACCUUAUCAGAUCUGGAGAUGCACUCUCAGUUUUAUUAACUUAAGUCUGUGUAAAGCAUUGUAUUUUUUCCUUAAUCUGGAAUAUGUUGCAGAAGGACAGAAGAAUAACACCAGGAGCUUUUCUUGCUCGUACUGUUUUCAUAUUUUUUUGUAAUCUAUUCUGCUGUCUUUUAAAUUAAACUUUUACCUUUAUUUUUCUUCUUCUUUUUCUUUUUGUUCCGUUUUUGGGAUGUACAGCGUCAGGCUGGGUAAAAUUUUUAAUCUCUACCUUUUAGCCUUUCUGUAAUUUUUCCCAGGCAGAGUAGUAUUAUUGUUUUGCACUACUGACCAAAGUAGGCAGAAACUAUUUUGGCUACGAAAGGAGAUGGAUGCACACUUGGAACAUGAUUGAUGACGAGGUGACGUCUUUUCCAUCUUGAAGUCGAUGGCUGAAGAAUGAGGCGCUGGAGCGGGGAGCGUAUUCAAGGACUGGGUAGCACUUGUACGACCGCAGCACACCCGAUUUUCCAUCACGAAGUCUUGGAGUUCCAUGGGAAUCCUCGGCACUGUAGAAAACAAAAUGAAACAUCGAUGAGCGAAGCAAACUGAUCCAAAAUUCAAAAAGGAAAUAAUUUUUCUUUUGUACUAAAAUGAUUUGUCCUUCUCCCUUGUCCUUUGGCAAAUGUUUAUUAAAGAAAUGCCAACAAUG